AUGCAUUUCUCGUCGCUUUCGUUGGGCCUGCUCUCUGCGGCGGGCAUCGUCAAUGCCUUGCCCGGCCUGGGCCUCGGGGACUGGCUCUGGCCCUCAAAGAUUCCCAAUACCGUUGUCAUUGACGGGUGGCGUCUCGUCGAUGCAAAGACGCGGCUCUUUCUGGGCGACCGUGAGCUCAAGGCUGCGUUGAAGCACCUCACAGCCCAGGCGGACAGCUGGCUGGACCAAGGCCCCUGGACCGUCACCGCCAAAGCAAAGCCUCCCCCCAACGGCACCAUCCACGACUACACGUCCCAAGCGCCAUACUGGUGGCCCAACCCGGACACGCCCGACGGAUGCCCGUACAUACAAAAGGACGGCGUGCGAAACCCCGAGGUCGAUCAGUAUCAGGACAGGGUCUCGGUGGGGAAAAUGUUCAACUCGACGUAUGUGCUUUCGCUGGCGUGGUAUUACACCGGCGAGAAGAAGUAUUCGCAGCACGCGGCGGACAUCCUGAGGACGUGGUUUCUGGACGAGGACACGGCGAUGAGUCCGAAUCUGGAGCAUGCGCAGAUUAUCCCAUGUGCGAAUACGGGGAGGUCGAUUGGGAUCAUUGACUUUAGCCAGGAAUACACCAACGUCGUUGACGCCGUGUCGAUACUCAACUCCGGGCCGGCACCGGGCUGGACGAAGCAGGACAAUGCCAAGUUUGUCGACUGGAACAAGCGCUUUCUGGCGUGGCUUGCGGAUUCGCCGUUUGGCAUCGAGGAAGCUUCUGCGCAGAACAACCACGGGACGUUUGCCAACAUGCAGAUCGCCGCCCUGGCCGUCUUCACGGGCAACCAUUCUCUAGCUUUGCAGAGGACGAGCAUUGCAAAGAGCUUCAUCGACAGCCAGAUUACGAAGAACGGCUCCCAGCCGCAGGAGCUGGCCCGGACGCGGAGCUUCCACUACUCGAACUUUGAUUUGACGGCGCACUUGAGGAUGGCGCUGAUUGCGAGAAAGGUGGGCGUUGAUUUGUUUCGGUACAAGGGGCCGGAGGGCCAGACGCUGUUCAAGGCGGUGGAGUUCCUCGUGCCGGCGGCGGAGGGGGGAGCGCAGGCGUGGAAGUUUCCGGAGCUGGGGUUCACGCAGUAUGCGGCGACGGAUAAUGUGAGGGCGGCGGCGCAGGAGGGGGAUGGGGUUGCGAGGGGGGCGGUGGUGAAGGGGUUGGAGGGGCCGCCGGGGGGGGAUAUCUUUGGGUUGAGGCCGGCGCCGGAGCAGUUGGAUAGUAUUGCGACGGUUGGGUGAGGGGG